ACUUUGUAUGUGCCCUCCAAGAGUGGAGUUUCUGUUUCCCCCAGUCCUGUUGAAGUCCUACAGUCAAAUCCCACUAGCCUUCAAAGUCUGAUUCUCUAGGAAUUCCUCCUCCCAUUGCCAGACCCCGUAGUUCGGAAGCCUUUCGUGGGGCUCAGAAUCUUCACUCAAGUGGGUAGACUUCUGUGGUGUAAUUGUUCUCCAGUUUGUGAAUCACCCACCCAGCAGUUAUGGGAUUUGAUUUUAUUGUGAUUGCGUGCCUCCUACCAUCUCACUGUGGCUUCUCCUUUGUCUUUGGAUGUGGGGUAUCAUUUUUGGUGUGUUCCAGUGUCUUCCUGUAGAUGAUUGUUCAGCAGUUAGUUGUGAUUCCAGUGUUGUCGCAAGAGGGAGUGAGAGCACAUCCUUCUUCUCUGCCAUCUUGAACCAAUCAGUGUAUAGAUUCUUAUAAAUUUUUUAAGUGCUGACACAAAUGUAGACUUUGAUUAUAGGGCAUCAGUAUACCAUUGCUGGUGUACUUCAUCUUUGUAGCUUUUUCUCCAGACUCCGGAGGCCCCCACAGAUGUAUAUGUUAUUUCACUUUUUCCAGAAUUGGAUUUCAAAAUGAUUUUAUACUCAGGUUGUACAUUACCGCCAAAAGAGCUUUACCCAUCUCUGAUUGCUAAAAGGGAUCCUGUUCCCCAUUUAUUCUUACGCCUCAUUUCUCCUAUACAUCAUGAGACAGAAGUCAUCCAACUUAGAAUAGCUGUCCCAGUGUGCUACUUCAUGGUUUUGAGGAGUAAUUGGAGUUAUUUUGAAGAUACUUCAAACAAGGAUUCCUCUGCUUUCUUCUCAACCAAAGAGGAAAGUGCUCAACAUUUUUAUACCUGUGAACUUGUUCAUGAAGGUCAAAUCACACUGGUUUUUGGUACGUAACACCAAAAAAAUCCCCCAAAUUCCUCUGAGCAAUAUUUGCUACUUACCAGUUUUUGUUGUUGUUGUUUUUUGCGGUACACAGGCCUCUCACUGCUGCGGCCUCUCCCGUUGCGGAGCACAGGCUCCGGACGCGCAGGCUCAGCAGCCAUGGCUCACGGGCCCAGCCGCUCCGCGGCAUGUGGGAUCCUCCUGGACCGGGGCACAAACCCGUGUCCCCUGCAUCGGCAGGCAGACUCUCAACCACUGCACCAUCAGGGAAGCCCUAAUUUUCCACUCUUGAAUGGUGCCUAUUGCCUCUCCCAUCAAGCUUGAAAUACUCUGCCCAGUUUCCAGAACUGGCAUCAUUCUCAUGUCCCGUCAUUUCCCAGGAUGGACCCUCAUUCCAUCUAACUGACCCUGCUUUGUUCAGCGUCUACUUCCUGCCUCUCUUCUAGCUCCCCCUGUUCUGUGCCCAUUGGCCAUACUUCCACUUCACCCAGUUAAGUGGCUAAUCACAAUAAGCUAGGCAGACACUGCUGGCACUUCAUAUUAGCUUAUUUACAAACUCCUUUAGGGAUAUAGUGUUAUGCCCAUUUUCCAGAUGGGGAAACUGAGGCUACAUGAGGAGAGGUUUACUUGCCCAGAGUCCUUGUGAGCAGUAUGACUAAAACAUAAACCCAGAUGUUCUAAUUACAGCUGCCUCUCUGUUAAAAUCCUCUUUCUUUAUGGCUCUUCCUCAGGCCACUGAUUUCGCUGUUCUGUAAAUCCCGUCCCACCAUUUAGCAAUUGAUUAUAUGUCUCAUCAGACUGCCUGCUUCACAGUACAAUGUGGAACAAGCUUCUUGUCUCCCUAAAUAUAGUUUUGUAUACAUUGUUUUUGUGUGUUCCCCUGGUACCUACACUGCAGUGCUUGAAUGAGAAUAAGUGUACAUUUUAACUGAAUGACGGAGAAACCCGAAGACAGAAUAUCUGCCAGGAGGGUGUUUUGAAGCAGCAGCAUCCCUUCUUUCCCCCUCAGAGCUGACAGGCACUGGAGUGAUUCUUGCCCACGGUAGAGCCACUUGGUAGCCGAAUGCUAAGUAACUACUUUGCCUACAAGGUGUGUAGUUGUCAGUGUACUUUCAAUAACAACUUCUUUAGUACUGCAAAGGAAAUUAGUUGUGGUUUCCCCUUUUCCUAGAUUUGCUAGCUUCCCAAGGUCAGUUUGCAGGGCGAGGCUAGAACUGACACCAGGGGAUCACAUCCAGGCCAUGCUGCCCCGUGGAGCAUGGCAGACUCACGUGGGCCAGGUUGUUCUCAGAAGCAUUGCCUCCACUUACUGUGGCAAUUCCAAUAGUUUGGGAAGGUUGGUAACCUAGAAACCAAAAUGUGCAGGGCUUAUGCACACACAGAAAACCACUGGGUGCUCAGGAUGUUUGUUUACCCUUUUGGAGUUUGAACACCCCGUGUGUUAUUUCCCUGUUCUCUCUCUCUCUAAUUUGUCACUCCACCAUGUGUGUUCUGUGCCUAUUAAUCAAAGGCAUACAGGACAUUUUGCUUUUCAAAGUACAUUUUCUGUUUUGCUUCUACUUUCCCCCCCGAAACAUUCCAUCAUCAAAAAGAACACCUUGCUUCCUUUUCUCUCUCCCACAUUUCGGCUUUAGAAGGAAGCCCUAGUCUUUAUCAGACCUGUGACACCCUAGCCCGUGACACCACGUUCCUCAUUUCCACUGGAAGAAGAUGAGGUUAAACAUGUCUUGCUUUUCUUUAAGUAUUUGUUGAGAGUACUCCAGAAGCCUAACCACUCAGUCUCCUUUUGCUCCAGGUUCUGAAGCACCUGAAAAAUAAACACAAGAUUAAUGUGAGAAUUAAAAUAUGUCAUCUAAUUUAUUACUGGUAAAGUUGGAUUAGGGAAUGUAAUGGGAUCCCAAGGGAAAGUGAGAUUUCCCACUCCUGUGGCCCUGAAAUGCACUUGUCCUUCUAACAAGAGAUGGGACAGCUAGAGGCCCAGAGGCGUAGCCACUUCACUUGGCUGCAGGCCUGGCAGAGAGGGGGAGAGAAAGAGAGAGACUGCCUUGACCUCUGGCAUUAUCACUCCUUUUUUGAUGUCAAAGAAAAAAAGUGGAAGCUUCAUCUUUGUGCCUCCAAGAGAGCAGAAGUUCCCAAUUUCUGGCAGAAGAAAGAAAUAUGGAAAGAGAAAAACAUCUACUUGGGAGCCCGCAGCGUCUCUGUGAUUUGGCAGGACCCAGCUCCACUGAACCCGAAUCCAAGAAAAGAUCAAUUUCAAAAAGAAAGUCUCAUCUGGAUCUUCUCAAACUCAUCAUGGAUGGCAUGACCGAGGCGUGCAUCAAGGGCGGCAUCGAAGCCUGCUAUGCUGCCGUGUCCUGCGUCUGCAGCUUGCUUGGGGCCUUAGAAGAGCUCAGCCAGGGCAAGGGCUUGAGCGAAAGUCAGGCCCAGCUGCUGCUUCUGCGCCUGGAGGAGCUGAAGGACGGGGCCGAGUCGAGCCGGGACUCCAUGGAGAUCAACGAGGCUGACUUCCGCUGGCAGCGGCGAGUCCUGUCCUCGGAACACACGCCCUGGGAGUCGGGGAACGAGCGGAGCCCUGACAUCAGCAUCAGCGUUACCACGGACACGGGUCAAACCACUUUGGAGGGAGAGUUGGGUCAGACCACACCCGAGGACCCCUCCGAAAACCCCAAGAAUGGCCUCAAGUCGCCAGCCGUCCAGGAGGGCAGGGAGACUCUGAGUAGAGUGUCAGAACCAGAAGCCGUGGACCAGCCGGAUGUGGUUCAAAGGAGCCAUAUGGUUGCCUACCCCGAUAUAACUAACUUCCUGUCCGUUGACUGCAGGAUGAGGUCCUACGGAUCCAGAUACAGUGAGAGCAAUUUCAGCGUAGACGACCAAGACCUCUCUAGGACAGAAUUUGAUUCCUGUGAUCAGUACUCGAUGGCAGCAGAAAAGGACUCGGGGAGGUCUGACGUGUCGGACAUUGGGUCCGACAACUGUUCUCUAGUUGAUGAGGAGCAGACCCCUCGCGACUGCCUGGGCCACAGGUCCCUGCGGACCGCGGCUCUGUCUCUCAAACUACUGAAGAACCAGGAAGCCGAUCAGCACAGCGCCCGGCUGUUCGCGCAGUCCCUAGAGAGCCUCCUGCCGCGCCUCCUGGCCCUUCCCAGCGUGGAAGAGGUGGACUCGGCCCUCCAGAACUUUGCCUCUACCUUCUGCUCAGGCAUGAUGCACUCCCCGGGAUUCGACGGGAACGGCAGCCUGGGCUUGCAGAUGCUGAUGAACGCGGACAGCCUGUACUCGGCCGCGCACUGCGCCCUGCUGCUCAACCUGAAGCUCUCCCACGGCGACUACUACCGGAAGCGGCCCGCCCUGGCGCCAGGCACCAUGAAAGAGUUCAUGAAGCAGGUCCAGACCAGCGGGGUGCUGAUGGUCUUCUCCCAGGCCUGGAUCGAGGAACUUUACCUCCAGGUUCUCGACAGAAACAUGCUCGGAGAAGCCGGUUACUGGGGCAGCCCCGAGGACAACAGCCUUCCCCUCAUCACCAUGCUGACUGAUAUCGAUGGCUUAGAGAGCAGUGCAAUUGGAGGGCAGCUGAUGGCCUCAGCUUCUAUGGAGUCUCCUUUCGCCCAGGGCAGGAGAAUUGAUGACUCCACGGUGGCAGGUGUGGCAUUCGCUCGCUACAUUCUGGUUGGCUGCUGGAAGAACUUGAUCGACACUUUAUCAACCCCUCUGACCGGCCGAAUGGCGGGGAGCUCCAAAGGGCUGGCCUUCAUUCUGGGAGCUGAAGGCAUCAAAGAGCAGAACCAAAAAGAACGCGAUGCCAUCUGCAUGAGCCUCGAUGGGCUGCGGAAAGCAGCGCGGCUGAGCUGUGCUCUAGGAGUUGCAGCCAACUGUGCGUCGGCCCUCGCCCAGAUGGCAGCUGCCUCCUGUGUCCAGGAUGAGAAAGAGGAAAGGGAGAUCCAGGAACCCAGCGAUGCCAUAGCACAAGUGAAACUAAAAGUGGAGCAGAAACUGGAGCAGAUUGGGAAGCUGCAGGGGGUAGGGCUGCACACAGCCCACGUCCUGUGCAUGGGCGCCAUCCUCGGCGUCGGCCUGGAGAUGGGCAGCCACAACCCGGACUGCUGGCCACACGUGUUCAGGGUGUGCGAGUAUGUGGGCACGUUGGAGCAUACCCACUUCAGCGACGGCACCUCUCGGCCCCCGCUGACCAUCAGCCAGCCUCAGAAGGCCCCCAGAGGCGGACUCCUCGGGGACCCGGAGAGCGAGGGCUCGCCCCAAGAGCAGAGCCUGGAGCGGGGGAGCUCCCUGAGCGCGGCCCCCGUCAUCCAGCCCCUCUCCAUCCAGGAACUCGUCCGGGAAGGCAGCCGAGGCCGAGCCUCCGACUUCCGUGGGGGCAGCCUCAUGACGGGCAGCAGCGCCGCCAAGGUCGUGCUCACGUUGUCCACCCAGGCCGACAGGCUCUUUGAAGAUGCUACAGAUAAGUUGAACCUCAUGGCUCUGGGAGGUUUUCUUUACCAGCUGAAGAAAGCAUCGCAGUCCCAGCUUUUCCAUUCCGUUACAGAAACGGUUGAUUACUCACUGGCGAUGCCAGGAGAAGUGAAGUCCACCCAAGACCGAAAAAGCGCCCUCCACCUGUUCCGCCUCGGGGACGCCAUGCUGAGGAUCGUGCAGAGCAAAUCGCGGCCCCUGCUCCACGUGAUGCGCUGCUGGAGUCUUGUGGCGCCACACCUGGUGGAGGCUGCCUGCCAUAAGGAAAGACAUGUGUCUCAGAAGGCAGUUUCCUUCAUCCAUGAUAUACUGACGGAGGUUCUCACCGACUGGCAUGAGCCACCUCAUUUUCACUUUAAUGAAGCACUCUUCCGACCUUUUGAGCGUAUCAUGCAGCUGGAGUUGUGUGACGAGGAUGUACAAGACCAGGUCGUCACAUCCAUCGGUGAGCUGGUUGAAGUGUGUUCCACCCAAAUCCAGUCGGGCUGGAGGCCCUUGUUCAGUGCCCUGGAAACAGUGCACAGUGGGAACAAGUCUGAGGUGAAGGAGUACCUGGUCAGUGACUACUCCAUGGGAAAAGGCCAGGCUCCGGUGUUUGAUGUAUUUGAAGCUUUUCUCAAUACCGACAACAUCCAGGUCUUUGCUAACGCGGCCACUAGUUACAUCAUGUGCCUUAUGAAGUUUGUCAAAGGACUGGGGGAGGUGGACUGUAAAGAAAUCGGAGACUGUGUCCCAGGAUCCGGAGCCACGUCCCCAGACCUGUGCCUCCCUGCCCUGGAUUACCUCAGGCGCUGUUCUCAGUUGUUGGCCAAAAUCUACAAAAUGCCCUUGAAGCCAAUAUUCCUUAGUGGGCGACUCGCUAGCUUGCCCCGAAGACUUCAGGAGCAGUCGGCAAGCAGUGAGGAUGGAAUCGAGUCAGUCUUGUCUGACUUUGAUGAUGACACUGGUCUGAUAGAAGUCUGGAUCAUCCUGCUGGAGCAGCUCACAGCAGCUGUGUCUAACUGUCCACGUCAGCACCAACCCCCGACCUUGGAUUUGCUCUUUGAGCUGUUGAGAGAUGUUACCAAAACACCUGGACCAGGGUUUGGCAUCUAUGCAGUUGUUCACCUUCUCCUUCCCGUGAUGUCCCUUUGGCUUCGCCGUAGCCAUAAAGACCAUUCUUACUGGGACGUGGCCUCUGCUAACUUCAAGCAUGCCAUUGGUCUGUCCUGUGAGCUGGUGGUGGAGCACAUUCAGAGCUUCAUCCACUCAGACAUCAGGUACGAGAGCAUACUCAACACCAUGCUGAAGGACCUCUUCGAGCUGCUGGUGGCGUGUGUGGCCAAGCCCACAGAAACCAUCUCCCGAGUGGGCUGCUCCUGUAUUAGGUACGUCCUCGUGACAGCGGGCCCCGUGUUCACGGAGGAGAUGUGGAGGCUGGCUUGCUGUGCCCUGCAGGAUGCCUUCUCGGCCACGCUCAAGCCAGUGAAGGAUCUGCUGGGCUGCUUCCACAGCGGCACCGAAAGCUUCAGCGGGGAAGGCUGCCAGGUGAGGGUGGCGGCCCCAUCCUCCUCCCCCAGUGCCGAGGCCGAGUACUGGCGCAUCCGAGCCAUGGCUCAGCAGGUGUUUAUGUUGGACACCCAGAGCUCCCCAAAGACUCCAAACAACUUUGAUCAUGCUCAGUCCUGUCAGCUCAUUAUUGAACUGCCUCCUGAUGAGAAGCCAAAUGGACACACCAAGAAAAGUGUUUCCUUCAGGGAAAUUGUGGUGAGUUUACUAUCCCAUCAAGUGUUACUACAGAACUUAUAUGAUAUCUUGUUAGAAGAGUUUGUCAAAGGCCCCUCUCCUGGGGAGGAGAAAAUCCAAGUGCCAGAAACCAAGCUGGCUGGCUUCCUCAGAUACAUCUCCAUGCAGAACUUGGCCGUCAUCUUUGACCUGCUGUUAGACUCCUACAGGACUGCCAGAGAGUUUGACACCAGCCCUGGGUUGAAGUGCCUGCUGAAGAAAGUGUCUGGCAUCGGGGGCGCUGCCAACCUCUACCGCCAGUCUGCCAUGAGUUUUAACAUUUAUUUCCAUGCACUGGUCUGUGCUGUUCUCAGCAACCAGGAAACCAUCACUGCUGAGCAAGUGAAGAAGGUCCUUUUUGAGGACGAUGAGAGGAGCACAGAUUCCUCCCAGCAGUGUUCAUCAGAAGAUGAAGACAUUUUUGAGGAGACCGCCCAGGUGAGCCCCCCUAGAGGCAAGGAGAAGAGGCAGUGGAGAGCUCGGAUGCCCUCACUCAGUGUCCAGCCCGUCAGCAACGCGGACUGGGCGUGGCUGGUCAAGAGGCUUCACAAGCUGUGCAUGGAGCUGUGUAAUAACUACAUCCAGAUGCACUUGGACCUGGAGAACAGUAUGGAGGAGGCACCCAUCUUCAAGAGCGACCCUUUCUUCAUCCUCCCCUCCUUCCAGUCGGAGUCAUCCACCCCGUCCACUGGGGGCUUCUCGGGGAAAGACACGCCUUCCGAGGAUGACCGCAGUCAGGCCCGGGAUCACGCGGGCGAGCCGCUGAGCCUGAGGGGCACCAGCGGGGAAAUGCUGCUGCUGCCCCCGAGCCCCAAGGUGGAGAAGAAGGACCCCAGCCGCAAGAAGGAGUGGUGGGAGAACGCCGGCAACAAAAUCUACACCAUGGCAGCCGACAAGACCAUCUCAAAGCUGAUGACCGAGUACAAGAAGAGGAAACAACAGCAUAACCUGCCCGCCUUCCCCAAAGAGGUCAAGGUGGAGAAGAAGGGAGAGCCGCUGGGGCCCAGGGGCCAAGGCUCCCCGCUGCUCCAGCGGCCCCAGCACCUGAUGGACCAGGGGCAGAUGCGGCACUCCUUCAGCGCGGGCCCCGAGCUGCUGCGCCAGGAGAAGAGGCCCCGCUCGGGCUCCACCGGCAGCUCCCGGAGUGUCUCCGCAAGGGACGCGGAAGCCCAGAUCCAGGCAUGGACCAACAUGGUGCUAACAGUUCUCAAUCAGAUUCAGAUCCUUCCAGACCAGACCUUCACAGCGCUCCAGCCAGCAGUGUUCCCAUGCAUCAGCCAGCUGACCUGUCACGUGACUGACAUCAGAGUUCGCCAGGCCGUGAGAGAAUGGCUCGGCAGAGUGGGCCGUGUCUAUGACAUCAUCGUGUAGAAGACUCACAUUCCAUUCCCAAGGAAAUAACACUAGGAGGGUUUAGAGUAUGUCUGCCAAUCCAGCUGAUAGCAUUUUCCCCACCACCAGCCCCAGUGACUCAGAGAACACCCAGUUGCUCCCUAACUAAUCAGCAUCGGGGCCAUUCUGGAUACUAAGUUUGUAUCUGGAUGGCACAAGUGAAACUCUAAAUUUGCACAUAAUUUCAGAAGACUCUACCUUCCUUGACACAUUUCUGAAUCUUAUCUCCCAAUGCUUUGCCUGCAAUAUUAUCCCCAAAUGAGUCACUUUCAAGGGCCACUCCUUUGAAAGCAUUACAUUGAUCCAUCAUUUUAAAAAAUACAAAUAGCUAAAGAAAUAUCUGCUGGUAAGUCAAGCUGAUGUACACACAGACAUGAUUACCAGACACGAUUAAUUGG